CUUAGACCUGCGCUAAUAAAAUUGUUUUUACACUGUAAAAUUUACAGGAUAGCGUGUAUUUUCAACUCUUGCACAUGUGAUUUUGUAUAUGUGCCCGUUGCCGGUAAUAUAAAGAUUAACAAUAUUUUCAAAUUGGAAUUGCGGACCCCUGUGAGAGGUCGCUUCAAUAAACUGCUCCAGAGUCAAAUAUAGACAGUUUUAAACUACUACUUACAACAAUAAGACAUGGCUGCUAAUGGAAAAUUGGCUCUGCUAAGUGUGUCAGACAAGACCGGUUUGAUACCAUUGGCCAAAUGCCUAUCAGAUAUAGGUCUAGGAUUGGUAGGAAGUGGUGGUACUGCUACAGCUCUCCGUAAUGCUGGCCUUAAAGUUUUGGAUGUGUCUGAUAUAACUGGAGCUCCAGAGAUGCUCGGAGGAAGAGUGAAGUCACUCCACCCAGCAGUACACGCUGGUAUACUAUCAAGGCUCACAGAUUCCGAUCAAGCAGACAUGAAACGCCAAAAGUUUGAAAUGAUAAGCGUGGUAGUCUGCAAUCUCUAUCCAUUUGUGGAGACAAUAUCUAAACCUAACGUCACAAUACCCGAUGCGGUAGAAAACAUCGAUAUUGGUGGUGUGACGCUACUAAGAGCAGCCGCUAAAAAUCACGAUAGAGUCACCGUGGUUUGCGAUCCAUCGGACUAUGACGUAGUUAUGAAAGAAUUGAAGGAGAGUAAUGACCACCAAACCUCCUCAGAGACCAGACAAAAGUUGGCCUUGAAAGCUUUCACCCACACUUCACAAUACGACACUCACAUUUCGGACUAUUUCCGUAAGCAAUAUUCUGCGGGACAGUCACAGAUGACCUUGAGAUAUGGUAUGAACCCUCAUCAGAAACCAGCUCAAGUAUUUGUUACCCGCGACCAACUACCGUUGACAACCCUGAAUGGUUCACCUGGAUUCAUCAACCUCUGUGACGCCCUGAACGCCUGGCAGUUGGUUAUUGAACUCAAGGAGGCGCUAGGGCUGCCAGCAGCUACAAGUUUCAAACACGUUUCACCGGCUGGAGCUGCAAUUGGGCUGCCCUUAAACGAGGAGGAAGCAUCAGUAUGUAUGGUGUCAGAUCUGCUUCCAAAACUGUCUCCUCUCGCAUGUGCGUACGCCAGGGCUCGUGGGGCCGACAGAAUGAGUUCGUUUGGAGACUUUAUAGCGAUAUCGGAUGAAUGCGACGAGAUCACAGCCAGGAUAAUAUCUCGGGAAGUAUCUGAUGGCAUCAUCGCCCCCGGAUAUUCACCAGCCGCAUUGGAAAUCCUGAAGAAGAAGAAGGCUGGCAAUUACUGCGUCCUUCAGAUGGAUCCCAAAUACACGCCGGAUUUAAUGGAACAAAAGACAAUAUUCGGUUUGACCCUGGAACAAAGACGUAACGACGCCAAGAUAACCGCUGAUCUGUUUAAGAAUGUUGUCACCAACGAAAAGUGCCUGCCGCCUAACGCGAUUAGGGAUCUCAUAGUAGCAACCAUCGCUCUCAAAUACACACAAAGUAACUCUGUGUGCUUCGCUAGAGAUGGACAAGUUAUAGGUAUCGGUGCGGGUCAACAGUCGAGGAUCCACUGCACCCGUCUCGCUGGAGGCAAGGCCGGCUUGUGGUGGACAAGAAGACAUCCCAGGGUUAGCGACAUGAGGUUCAAGAAAAACGUCACCAGAGCUGUCAUAUCUAACGCCAUUGACAACUACGUCAAUGGUACCAUAGGUACCGACUUGCCUCUGGACCAGUGGAAUAGUCUUUUCGAAGGUGAACCUCCUGCGUUGCUAACUCCCGAGGAAAGAGACGCUUGGAUCAAAAAAAUGGAUAAAGUAGCUCUCGCAUCCGACGCGUUCUUCCCAUUCAGAGAUAACAUUGAUAGAGCAGUCCAGUGCGGUGUGGAAUACAUCGGCAGUCCAUCCGGUUCAAACAACGACAAGGAAGUCAUAGAUGCGUGCAACGAACACAAAAUAAUUCUUGCUCACACAAAUUUGAGACUUUUCCACCACUAACAACUAUUCAUAUAAAGAUUUUUUUUCUGAAUCUUAUGCCAUAAGAAAUAAAGAAUUAUAAUGAUAUAUAGAUAUUUCUAAUAAUACUUAGAUAUAUUUUUGUGAAAUUUAUGAAUUAUCCUGUUUCCGAGUGUCUUCCAAAAAUGUAUCAUUUUAUUAAAUGUUAAAAAAAUCGUAAAUGUUUUAUGGAUCAUGUAAAUUAUAAUCAAUUAUUGUGUUUUAUAGUGAAGUUCGUUCGUAAUGAGAUAUAUUUUUAUGUCGUGACUCGCUAUAACUUCACGAUUUAAUAUAUUGGUAACGUCCAGCACAAUCUCUGCUUUUGUAUUAAUGUUUAGACAUUCCUUUAUAUUUUAAGUAUAAUACAACUAUAUAGAAUG